UAAAAUUUUUCUUACAAUUAUGAAACGUUCCUAACGAUCACUUACUUAUUAAAAAAUGUAAACAAAUAUUUAAAUUUUGAAAAUCAUAAACCAUAGAACGUAAAGAGAAUAAAUAUAACAGCUAUUUAUUGGUGAUGAAAAAUAGCAGAUAUGAAAAAAACGAUAAAAAUAAGCGUCAUUCAAAAAUUGGAAGCGAAGACAAUGUGUGUUGGAGUUUGGUGGUGAAGAAAUACGUGCGUGUGCGGCUGAGUGGUGACACUGCAGGUGGAAAUGGUGGUGACUCCACCCCUCCUCACCACCACCGCCUCAUUCCUGACCACAUCACCCACACCAGACAUCUCCGAUAGUGUCGCCAAAGCCAUCAUCGGGCUCGUGCUCUCGUCCAUCAUCUUCCUGUCAGUGUUCGGUAACGUGCUCAUCUGCCUGGCCGUAUACACCGACCGAAACCUACGAAAAAUUGGAAAUCUUUUCGUGGUUUCGUUGGCGAUCGCCGAUCUCUUCGUGGCAUGUCUGGUGAUGACAUUUGCUCUGGUCAACGAUCUGCUGGAUCGUUGGCCGUUCGGUGACAGCUACUGCGAUAUCUGGAUCGCUUUUGAUGUCAUGUGUUCAACAGCGUCCAUUUUCAAUCUCUGCGCCAUCAGUCUCGACAGAUACAUUCACAUCAAAGACCCACUAGGGUACAGUCGGUGGAUGAGCAAGCGCACGGUGGUGUUGGCUAUAGCCAUCAUCUGGGUACUGAGUGCACUUGUGUCCUUCUUGCCCAUACAACUCGGCCUACAUCGCUCCCAUGACGUCAUUCACGCCAACGCUUCUAGUCAACAGGACGGUGAGAUGACCCCUCAGUGCAGCCUGGACCUGGGCCCCGAGUACGCCGUGGUGUCGUCGUGCAUCAGCUUCUUCCUGCCCUGCUGCGUCAUGAUCGCCAUAUACUCCCGCCUCUUCCACUACGCCAAGAAACACGUCCGAUCUAUCAAAGCGCAAGUGAGGCCCGUGACGCUGGGGUCUCUGGAGGGCGACACCACGAGGCCUAAGAAGCUGGCCUCACCCUACCACGUCUCGGAGUCAAAGGCGGCCACGACGGUGGGCAUCAUCGUGGGUACCUUCCUGACCUGCUGGGUACCUUUCUUCGUGGUCAACAUCAUCGCGGCGUACUGCAAGGAGUGCAUCGACCCACUCUGGUUCAAGAUCCUGACCUGGUGCGGCUACUCGAACUCCUCUUUUAACCCCAUCAUCUACAGCAUCUUUAAUAAAGAAUUUCGUGACGCGUUUACCCGCAUUCUAACCGCGCAUGGUUCGUGCUGUGGUCACUACAAACCACACUACCACUCGUCCCGCUACCUAUACGCUGAGAACUGUCCCUCGUCACACUCGGCCGGACGGAGGAAAAGUUCCGCUAACUCGUCCACGGAACAGACGAGCGGGUGCUCCGUGACUGCGUGCUUGGUCUGCUGCUGCUGCUGCUGCUGCAGGCGCUGCUACACGCAGGAUCGGGCGGGAAGCUUUUCGUGCACUGCUAGACUUUCUUCUAAAAAAUCUAACAGCGGCGCAGAAGUGGACUGCCACGUGAGCCUGGACGAGGCUGAGAGCGGCAGCAGCGGCGGGUGCCUCCAGCCUCACAAGCACCUCAACGGCGCCUCAUCCGGUGUCCUCACCGAGUACAAGGAGCUCGACGUAUCGCCUAAACUCGGAGGCUUCGGUGAGAGGCCCAGGGCCUCUUCCGGCGAACGGUGCCUCAUCCUUGAACAGGUCUCGACGGAAAUGUAAGAGGUGCCUCA